CGCGUGGAUUCACCUAGGGGCUCGGUUGGUGUAGCUACUCGGUUUUAUCGGAGAUUGCAAUGACCAAAAUAAAGGCAGAUCCGGAUGGACCCGAGGCUCAGGCAGAGGCGUGCUGUGGGGAGCGUACUUACAAUGAGCUGCUGGUCAAUCUGAACCCCAUCGCGCAGCCGCUGGCGUCUCGCCGCCUCACGCGCAAGCUUUACAAAUGUAUCAAGAAAGCCGUGAAGCAGAAGCAGAUUCGGCGCGGGGUGAAAGAGGUUCAGAAAUUUGUCAACAAAGGCGAGAAAGGGAUCAUGGUUUUGGCAGGAGACACAUUACCCAUUGAGGUAUACUGCCAUCUCCCAGUUAUGUGUGAGGACCGGAAUUUGCCCUAUGUGUAUAUCCCCUCUAAGACGGACCUGGGUGCAGCUGCAGGCUCUAAGCGCCCCACCUGUGUGAUCAUGGUGAAGCCCCAUGAGGAGUAUCAGGAGGCCUAUGAUGAGUGCCUGGAGGAGGUGCAGGCCCUGCCACCACCUUUGUGAAGGACUUGGACACCAUCACAGGCACCUGCUCUGGAAGCUGCUGGGCUGGCACUGGGCAGGCUGUGCACCCUUACAGCUCACAGCCUCUGCUCAACUGCCUGAGCUGAGGCACGGAUUCUUCACGGGCAGCUGUUCCUGGAGGUAGAGCCAGCAUCUUCCCCAUCAGUGCUAUUUCCUGUGGAGCUUAAAUGAAGACAGUUCCAAGAAUGUAGGGUAGAGAAAGUAAAUGCUAAGACUAAAAUGUGGUGAGUCUGUGGGUGUUUUUUAAGCAGCAGCCGCUGGUGGGGCUGAGUUGGCAGGCAGGAAGGAGCGGAAGCAGCCCUUCUUACAGAGAAGGACUCUCAAAUGCUCAGGCACAGGGGGGCCACCCAGUGCCAGGGCUUUGGAUCAAGCUGAGCACUGAUUUUGCUGCCACCUCAGUUUUUGACUCCCUCUUCCAGGACAGGUGGGAGCUUUAAGAUGAGGCAGCAGGACCUAGAACCCACUUCACAGAAGCCUGCUGCCCCUGUGUGAGGGAUAUCACCAGUCUUUUCUUUUUUCCCUCGGAGCCUAAAAUGUCUGAUGGAAGCCAUUUACUCACCCACACAGUAAAUUUUAAAUAGGAAUAUGAAGUUAAAUACAAAACCUCAGGCUGCUCCUGCUUGACAUAAUGGCCCUGAUAAUCCAGUUCCUCCAAACAUUUUAGACUUAAGGCCCCUUCC